CUUUUCCUUUUAUAAGAAUAUAGGCCAUAUAACGAGAUGGAUUCGGUUUAUAACGACUGCUCGGUCGAAUCCGCAGUGCAUUCUUUCUAUACAACUGAGCGCCCCGUUGAUGGCAGCGAAUGGCAACCGAGUGCACGCCUCCUCCCCGCUGCAGAGUCUGCGUGCUGAUGACGGCGCCAGGUGAUGCAGCUCUAGUCCAAUUCUGAGCAUCUUCUCCAUGUCUCCUGAGUGGACGCGGGCGGGGCUGCUUCUGCCAGCAGCAUUUCUGAGCGCAGCGUAGCCAACACGAAGAGCCAUAACGGAACAGAUCACUGACUGUUUUUGUCCUCCACACGUUUUAAAUUAACGACGUGGCAAACGGGACCCUUUUAUGCGUAACUGUUUUAAUGCGUUUAGUUUGGAAGUUAUUUCUUCGACGACAUGGAUUAAAUUGCGAAUCACUGUGAAAUCACAACGGAGAAUCAAAACAUUGAAGACAGCGGACAUCUUGAGCGCAUACAGGAAGCUGGGCCUAGAGCGAUCGGAAUUGUAGAAUCAUCAAUAAUACGAGUAGGCUAUUUGAUCGAACAUCUGGCUGCGAGGUAAUCUGUUUAUUUACCAUCUCUCCUUACCUCAGUCAUGGCGUGGCCCUGCAUUACGCGGGCAUGUUGCAUGGCUCGCUUUUGGAAUCAGCUUGAUAAAGCUGACAUUGCGGUGCCUAUGGUUUUUACCAAGUACUCGGACCUGUCCGAGAUGCAACAUCUCCAUUUGCAACAUCCACAGAAGCAGUUGUGUGCUCCUCUCCGAUCCAGCGCGGUCGCCAUAGAAACGCAGCCUUCUCAUAGGGAGAAAAGGGAUCCGGAGAUUGAGGGAAGGGGGCCGCAUACUACGGGGACCGCUCCACCUGCGGAUAAAGCGUGUGAAUCAGUGUCGCGCCAGGACUACAAACCAAACUGGAGAGUUCGCCCGGAGCCAAGCUGUAAGCCCAGCUAUGAGUACCACUCGCCAGAAACUCCGUUCAACACCGAGACACAGUAUCAGAAAGAUUUCAAACCUUGGCCCACCCCGAAAAGGGGUGACCAUCCUUGGAUCCCCAAACCUUGUCCCACUACAUCAGUCGGAGAUGACCGUGUACCCGACAGGUCAAAGCAUGUCCAUGCAGACGUGGACAGUGGUGUAGAGAAGAGUGAAAUAGCAGACAAGGUGCAGGAGAAGGAGAUCAUCUUAAAUGAAAGGAAAAAGAGACAGGUGGCGAAAGGGGAGAAGGUGGUAGGCGAGAAGAAAGUUGGCAUGACUGUGGAAGGACGGCAACAAGGGGAGGCGACCGCAGAGGGCAAGCCGAGGGCAACAGUAGAUGCCCUUAACAGGCAGAUCAAAGAGGGGGCGACUGGUGGCAGCUCGUACAGGACAGAGUUCAAAGCCUACACAGAUUCGAAACCAGCCAAGCUCAUCAGGGCCAAGUCCCAGUACCUGCCUCCGGACGACAAGACCAACCUGGAGACGAGCUACAGCGCCACCUAUAAGGGAGAGCAAGCCAAGCUGCGGCCGCAUGACAACAAAGUGAUUGACAGGAGGAGGGUACGGUCACUGUAUUCUGAACCCUACAAAGAGAGCAGUAAGGUGGAGAAGCCAAGCGUCCAGCGAUCCAAACCCAAACGGUCUGGAGCCACUAUGGCCACGUUAGCGAGCCAGGGCAAGGCCGUGAAGAAGCCCAAAGAGAAGCAGACGACCGCGCUGCGCGGCUCCAGGAAGAAGGCCUCCGAGAACCAGCCCCUUCCCCGGCCAGAGGGAGGAGACAAGGAGAAAAGUAAAGAGAUGAACAACAAACUGGCUGAGGCAAAAGAGGUUGUGCUAAAACAGUACCACUACAUACAACUUGUUCAGCCCAUCCGUGAUUUUGGUUGGGUGCAGACCCUUAAGCAGCAUCUCUGGGGCUGUACUCUCCCUAACCCAAGAGAGCUCAAGGUUGAUGUUCACCAGCGACCCCGUGAUCAUAAUUCCCCGAGUUCCCCUGGAGGAGAGUCGGAUCCACUGGUGGAAAGACCCCAACCUCGCCGGACCGGUGGAGUAGUGCGCUUCGCCCCGGACGUGAAGUAGGCGGUAGCGGGUCCGCGGGCGGGUCGGCGACCCAACAACCCUGGUGCCAGUGUGUGUGUGUGGCAUCAGGGUUGCAUGUGUACUGUGAGCCAGCAGAUUAGAGAACACGGUACUGUAUGUGUAUGCUGUAUAUUGAUCUAUUGUAAGGUACUGACAGAAAGCAUUUCUGAAUGACAGAAAGAAAAAAAAUGCUUGUAUCGGUUGCUGCUUUUCAAAGAGAAAGAUUGGACUGAUUGUCUGACUGGUUGAUUGAGUGGUUGUUGGAUUGAUUAACUGAUUGAUUGAUUGCAAAUAUAAAGGUGCUAAAUCCCAUUUAUGAUACAUGCUCCAGAUUCAAAGAUGUUCUGUCAUUGAUAAUAAUAUAUAGUCACGCCAUACCAUAAAGUGCUUCCUUAAUAUCUCCCAUGACGGAACAGUGCAAAAUUCUACUGCUAAUAAACGUUAAUAAAUUAAUAAUGAA